AUGUCCUCCACUAAACAGUCACGUUAUUACGCCGAUCCGGAAAAAGCAAAGGAGUUCGCGGCUGCGCUCCUCGUUAAAGCAGGCCUCGAUUCAGAGGACGCACGCUCGAUGGCAGAGUGCUUAGUCCUGGCCGAUGUCCGCGGUGUCGAUACCCAUGGUCUUGCAAGGCUUCCGCAGUACCUUGAUCGCGUUAGCAACGGCCGGGUCAACGCCCGGCCAAGCAUCAAGAUCACCAACAAAACCCCCGUAGUUGCACACCUGGACGGAGAUAACGGCUUUGGCUUCGUCGUCGCAACUCGCGGUAUGGACGAAGCUAUCAAGCGUGCAGGAAUCUAUGGCAUCGGAAUGGUAACGGUCAACCACUCCAAUCAUUUUGGCAUGGCAGCAACAUACGUCCUCCAAGCACUCAAGGCAAAUAUGAUCUCGCUUGUCUUCACCAAUUCCGCCAAGCAGAUGCCCCCUUUCGGAGGGAAAGAAACGCUCCUCGGUAUCUCUCCGUUUGCUGCCGGUGCUCCGUCAAACACGGAGGUGCCAUAUAUUCUUGACAUGGCGCCCUCUGUUGUUGCCAAGGGAAAGAUCCGACGCGCUGCACGCCGUGGUGAGCCUAUCCCUCUGGGCUGGGCCCUAGAUGCAGAUGGGAACCCGACAACGGACGCAAAUGUCGCCUUAAAUGGCAGCAUGGCGCCAAUUGGAGGGCCGAAGGGAUCCGGUAUUGCGAUUCUUAUGGACAUUAUGUCGGGCGUUUUGGCAGGCGCCGAGUUUGGCGGACAGGUUGGAGACCAGUAUAAGGAUACGAAGCCCCAGAAUGUAGGCCACUGCUUUAUUGCUGUCAAGCCCGAUGUCAUCAUGAGCACGGAGGAUUUCAAAGCUCGAAUGGAUAUACUUGCGCAACGUGUGCACGGGGUUAGUCCGGCGCCCGGAUUUUCGGAGGUGCUGUUUCCUGGGGAGCCCGAGCACCGGUUGGGGUUGCAAAGGCGGGCUGAGGGCAUUCCCUAUGCGGAUGCGGAAAAGACUCUUUUCGCUGAUGCCGCAAAGCAGUAUGGUGUCCCAGAACUACCACUAUCGGAUUGUCCGCUAGCAUUACGUUGA